CAGCCCCGCAUUAGAUUCCGACUGACCCACACAUGCUGUGUGACAUCACGCUCACAGCGCCGCUGUUAACUAGCAACAGACAUUUAAUAACACACUAAAAGAUGGACGGUGUGACCGCCGCAGUCUGCUUUCUCGUCGCCGCCUUCAGCUGCUACCUCUACGGCGGCAGCGACGUGCUGUCAUCGCUGCUCCGUGUUUCUGUUGCAGACGAACCCUCCAUGCCCGAGCCGGGAGAUGCUCCGCGGCGAAGCCCGCAGGGAGUCCCCUUCACCGAGCUGCGUCACAUCGUCAACGCCGACGGACUACACCUGUUCUGCCGCUACUGGGAGCCCACAGGUCCGCCAAGGGCUCUGGUGUUUAUUGCUCAUGGAGCAGGAGAGCACAGUGGGCCAUAUGAAGAAAUUGCACAGAAACUGAAAGAACUUUCCCUCCUGGUGUUUGCACAUGACCAUGUUGGUCACGGUCAGAGUGAAGGAGAUAGGAUGAACAUCAGGGACUUUCAGGUUUACAUCAGGGAUUCCCUGCAGCACAUUGACCUCAUGAAGUCCUGCCACCCUGAUCUUCCCAUCUUUAUUGUGGGACACUCCAUGGGCGGUGCUAUCUCCAUCCUCUCUGCCUGUGAAAGGCCCGGUGAUUUUGCUGGAAUGGUCCUGAUAGCUCCGAUGGUCCAAAUGAACCCAGAGUCAGCGACACCCUUUAAGAUUUUCGUGGCGAAGCUCCUAAACCACAUGUUGCCGAGCCUCACUCUGGGAUCCAUCGAGUCCAAAUGGGUCUCACGGGACAAGAAGCAGGUGGAGGCGUACGACGCUGAUGAGCUGAACCACCAUGGAGGGUUACGGGUGUCGUUUGGCAUGCAGCUGAUGGGGGCGGCGGAACGGAUCGAGAGGGCGAUCCCAUCCAUCAGCUGGCCUUUCUUGCUCCUCCACGGCGACGCUGACAAGCUCUGUGACAUCCGAGGCUCCAAGAUGAUGUAUGAGAAUACCGCAAGUUCAGACAAAAAACUAAAGAUUUAUGAAGGAGGAUACCACGCUCUUCAUCACGACCUCCCUGAAGUAGCACAAUCUGUGCUGAAGGACGUGACGAGCUGGAUCACAGAGCGACUCCCUGCAGCAAAGACGGCACAGCAGCAAGGCUUGUAGAUCUCUAAUUUAAAAAAUAAACCUCAGUCAGCGCUCCAAGGAGACUUCCAAACCUUAUCCCACCAGGCCUGAAUACUUUCCCAAAGCCUGUUAAGCAUAACUGUUCUUUCCUGUCCAACGUUUACUGAUGGACAGUGUGUUCUCUGUAUGAAGGGUUUAUUAACUUUUUAAUAAUUUUUCCAUCUUCUGUAAGUGGAUGAUGCUAUCACAAACUCUGAUUCUAGAAACAGCAGCAGUAGAAGGUUUCCAAGCAGAACCUGCAAUCAGAGAUGUACCUCAUAUGGUCCAACCAAUGGGUGUGUUGUUUUUUUCAUCAUCUCCUGGUCUCCUGUGCUGCUCAAGUGAAGUUGAAAUCACAGUAAGCUAUGGUUCUAAGUGCAAUAAUGAUGUUUCCCUAUAAUAUUUACAGACAUGAUCUUUUAAAUACUAAUACCAAAUGUAACACAAUACAUUUCUGAUCUGAAGAAAUUGGUUUCCUGUUCCUCCUUGUCCGUGAUACAUGAAAAGGUCCUCCUGACCUCAACGAUUUACUUUUUUACAACAGAAAUCUUUCUGAGCUCUCUUUAUAUUUAUAAGAAAUCCUGUCUUCUCCUGACUUCUUUCAUAUGUCUCCUUUGUUUGGUUUGUAAACAGAUGACACACAUGCAUUAUAUAAAAAUCAUUGCUGUCAAUUUAAGUCUUAACAAACAGGCAAAAAUCAAUAUUAAUAAACAUGAUUCAGCCAAGUUUUUUACUUAAAGAUUUGAAGACAUUUUAUACAGGGCUGUUACCUUUUUUAAAUAAAUAAAACUGCAUUUAAAGAAAGGGUGAUAAAUUAUGAACACAAUAGUUUCUAUUCUCAAUUUGUCUGUGGAGGAGGCAAAUUAAUCAGGUGAAGCUGUUGUGACAUUCUCUGCAGAUGGGGCCUCAUACUGAGAGGUCAAGGGUCAAAUGUUUUGAACCCUUUAAGGCCACGGUUGACUUCAAUGUUAGAGGUUCAUGAAGCAUCUGUUUGGUGAACACAGAAUACCUUUGAAUUCAUUUUUAGACAGACAGCGGUAACAGGAAUGAAGUAGUGUAAUUACAGAGCUGCCAGCUAUGCACCUCUAAACACUAACAUUUUUGCCCAUAUUUCUUCGCAAUAUGGCUCAAGCUCCGACAGAUUAGAUGGAAAGCAUCUGUGAACAUAAAUUCAAAUCUUCCCACAGAUUCUCAGCCAGAUUUAGACUUUGACUAGGCCAUUCUAAAACAUGGACAUGCUUUAAUGUGGAGGCAAAUUUGAUGUGAACCAUUACUCUGUAGCUCUGGCAGUACGUUUUAGCAUUGUUGUUCUGCUGGAAGGUGAACCUCUGACCUCUGUCUCAGGUCUUUUAGUUGCCUCUGACAGGUUUUAUUCCAGGAUUGCCAUGUGUAUAGCUCCGUCUAUCCUCCUAUCAGCUCUGAACAGUUUCCAUGCUACUGCUGAAAAUGGCAACCCCACAACAUGCUAUUGGCGUGAUACUCCUCGUGUUGUCAUGCUCAAGCUGUCAGCAGGAUUUGAGUAGGUCUUCUUCAAAAUGCUGCAAAUACAAAUAAAUAAAUAAGAUUCAUAUUAGUUAGUUUUCUACGUUUUUGCCAUGUCCGCAAAAAGACAAUUGGAAAUUAAAUUUGAAAAUUUGACUUUUUUCUUUCGUCAAUACGUUCUUUUUGCCACACUUGCAUAAAGAGCAGAUUUGUAGAUUGUACAGCUAAUAAUUAUUCUGUCUCUCACCUGUGCUGCGGAUGUUUGCAGCUCCUCUAGAGCUACUACGGGCCUCUUGACUGCUCCUCUGAAUAAUUCUCAUCUUGCCGUAUAGGUGGCCAUGGUAGACAGUUGUGCUGAAAUGUUUUCAUGUUUGGACUGAACAGUGUCCUUUGGUUGCAGUGGAUUUUAUUUAGGAGUAUCAGGGUAAAGGUGGCAGGGUACAGAUCCACACUGCACUUUACAAAUUUUGAAUGUUAUAUAUACCUUGAGAGGCACUAUAAAUUAAGUUAGUUUCAAAAAGUUAAUUUAGUUUCAAAAGUUAAAAUAAAAACCUUAGGUGUCAAAAGAAGAAAGCUUUGGAACAGCUGUUUUAUCCUGAUGCGAAAUAUAAAUAAUUACAAUAAUUCUUCUAUAAUCGACUUUACUAUAGAAAGCUACAGUUGAAGGACUGAUCAAAGCAGCUGUCGCCUCUUAUUUUUAUCUCAAACAGCAGUGUGUCUCCUUUGAAGUCAACCUUGGCUUUAAACCCCUAUGCAACAUUGUCACAAUGACUUUUAUUUUUAGUAGCUCUUUAAUUAUAAGCUAAACAGACACUCACUGCACUGUAUCGCCCUGCAGACUGUAAUUAGCAGCUAUUGCUACCUGUUGGUUUGACAUGUUCAUAACGAGAAAACGUUUUAGAAGUCUAGGCUUUUAACGUGGCCCCAACGUCAGCAUCACAGUGAGAUGGUUCUUGGUAUUCACAACCAACCAUUUAUAAAUGUGUCUUUUUUGAAGGGUUUUCAUUUUAUUUUUUUAUUUUUUUAUGAGUUUAAAUAAAUCACAGAGUUCAAAGUCACUCAUGCAGGAAGCGUAGAGAGCAUUGCGUGCUAACCACGAUGACCGGCUGUCAGGUUUAUCUGUGGCAGCAGUUCUUUUGUUUCAAGUACGUUUCACAUGUGCAGUCGCCUGGGGGAUUCCUGCAAAAGUGAAAGAAUGACAGGAAUCUCUGGCUUCUGUACGUCUUUCCAACUUUCCCCUGGUCUCGCCAUGUGAGCUAUGUCUGAUGUUUUUGUUUCUUCUUUCAUCUCCGUCCUCUAUUUUUUCUGGUAACGAGUGCUCUUUGUUCUGUCCAUCACGUGGACACUUUGCUCUGUUACAGAUUCAGACAUCCUGUCCACAGACACCCACACCGUCACACACAGGGAACUAUCCCAGCAGCAAUAGGCUGCAGGAUACAUUGUUGAGAUGUUGUUUUGCCUUUAAGCGCUCUUUUUGUUCUGUCAGAGAAACAACACUGCUAAACCUGUUAGAUUUCGCUCAGCUGGAUGCUGGAUCUUACCACACGGUGUCCAAGUGAGCAUCCUAAAAUGCCUCAUAUGCAUAAUUGUGAUCAACAGGAAAAGCACACUUUGGAAAAAGUGCAAAAUUUGAAACAAUUGCAUCUACAUCUUACCUAUAACAGACUUGAGAAGAUUUAUGCUCAGCCUGCAUCACCAUGAGUGCAGAUAUAGAUAGAAACCUAAUGUAUUCCUGAUUCCUAGUGGGAAUCAGACCCUUAACCCCAACCAGAACCGCUCACACUUCAAACACAAUCCUAUCCUGAUUAGGCUGCUGCAGACCCACCAGCACACAAAGGCUGCCCAGUCCCCAGUUGUAUUCAAAAUCCUAAUGGCUCCCUUGCUGCACAGCAUCAGCACAACGGCCUCAGCUUACAGCGUAGUUAAACAAAACACAGCUCUACCUGUCAGACUAUGUGAGUGGGUAUUAUUGCAUGUUGUAUGCUUUGAGAACGGAGAGAGAAACCAUGAUGCAGCGAGAGGAAAAGCCGAGGAUAGGAGCUGACAGUAACCAUGGCAGCGCUUCUGUUUCUUUUUCUUUUGUUUUUUUUUUUUUCUCCUCUGAAAGCACUUGGUAAAAAUAAAUAUCCUCAUUAAUUUUGUGGAUAGUCUGGCAGACUAGAGGGUCUCUGGGCUUGUUGUCUAUUUGCUGCUUUGAGGAUUCCCUUUUUGUGUGUGUGUUGAGAUAAGAGAGUAAAGCAUCAUCAGCUCACAGUGCAUAAUAAAAGCUGCAUGCACUGAAUCCUAAACAUCAUCCAUUAGACACCAUUUGUGUCUUAAAUGAGAAGCGUUUCUUGGACAUUGUGUGGUUGUUAUUUCCUUUUUUGUCAUACAUUUACAUAUUUUCCUCAUCCAUUCCAUGUCUUUAUAAAAUUGUGGCAGAAAUAAGAUGAAAUCCACCACUUUUCCACUAGAUGUCAUUCCUGUUUAUCCCAACUCUUCCCAAUCUCUGACUUUACCUCUUUUAAAGUCAGUACUCUUUUGCAGUGACGUGUAUUGUCGUCAGAUUUCCCACAUUAAGACAGCCAUCUUAACAUGUUCAGUUAAUAGCUGAUAAUCCUUGCAACUGUUUAGAUCCCGAGUUAGGAAAGAUGCUCUAUAUUAAGUAACUGGGAAGAAGAAAAAGGGCAGCAAAGAGCUGAAUCCCAAUUGGGCUGCAGCUCUGAUAACAAAGCCAGAUUCAUCCUGCCUACUGGUUUAUCAAUAGGGUCUCUGUGCCUGUUUCUAUGUCUUCUAUGACUUCAGGACUGUUUCUCAGAAAUGAGCUGUUUUAUAUGACAGAGGACUGAGGGGAAAAGGACAAUCUUUCUAUAGUUUUAUGAGAUAUGUUCUGGGGGAGACUUCAUGAAGUGUUUGCAUUAAAGGGAUUGUCCAUGUUUUUUUUGUUUGUUUUUUUUUUUUGGAAGGAGAUUUUGUUCAAAGGUUAUAAGCAGUUAAUAUUACCAUAGAUAACGCUCUCUGCAUUUCCAAAACCCAAAUUAGUUUUACCUGUAGGCUAAAUCUAACAUUUGGUCUCAGAGAGAACAAGUCCAAAGCAGACAUUUACCAUCUUAAACCGAAUCCAAUCUCCAAAAUGCCAUAGAGGUUUAUGCAAAUGCUUAUUUAACAAGCCUCUAAAUUGAGAGUGUCCAAAGUGUGGCCCGCAGGCCCUUUGUGGCUCUCAGAACAAUGCUGUGCGGCCCUAAUUAUGACCACAGUUCAAGAAUGGUAGAAAUUUGGCUUAAGAGCACUGGCGGUUCAUGCAGAUUGACACUGUUUGUAAGAUACAUUCAUCUUUUACUAACCCAGUGUUUUUUUUGCUUUAAUUUUAGUUUCAUAGUAAAUAGGGUCACAAACAGGCAGCUACUUCCACUAUGUUUGACUGUGUCAUGAUCAAGAAAACAGAAAAUAAUUGGCCUACAACAUUUUAGAAAAUUAUAUGCCUUAAUGGAAAACAUCUGAGAAACUUUUCAUUUUUGGAAUAUAUAAUAAUUUACAGAAAUCUGAGAACUUUGUUAGUUCUUCAAGAUAUGGCAAGUUCAGUUAUUUACAGAGAAACAUGGGAAAUGUAGGUAGGAUGCAGUGUGCCAGUAAUUAUCUUCCUGUGUGAAUUACAUCCAGAGAACAGAACAAGUAAAGCAUGUCUGGUCAGAACGACUGAAAGAAAAGUAAACUAGCAUAAAAAGCAAAACAAUUAUACCAGUCUACGUAAACAAUAUGUCUGGGCCCUAUGGUUUUCCAGAAUUUGGAAUGCGCAAAAGAAAGAUGGAGUCUAGACAGUGGCGGAGACUAUUAGAAUAUGUGGAUUUAAUCUAACAGUUUCCCCCCUUUACGCUCCCUCUAAGUAGAAGUCAUCCUGGCCACCGCUUUUCCUUGUCUGUUUUAUGUGACAUGUUCACUUCAAAAAUCUGGAACUAUCUCCUUAAUUGCUCAUGUUGCCGUGCUCAAGCUGUCUGCAGGAUUUGAGUAGGUCGUCUCGAAAAUGCUGCAAAUACAAAUAAAUGAAGAGUCAUGUUAGUUUCACCCAUGUCUUGAAAGAGGUAAUGGGUGUUAAAUGAAUUUUGGAUCUCCAGUUUGAAUCUCGCUGUGAUUAAGAAAUGCUUUACAAUCAGUGUACAUUAGCAAUGUAUUUAUAACACUUGACUGACACACAAAAUUACGACUGAAUUGUAUGUUACCUAUUUUUUAUUUAUCUUGUGUAGAGUAUAAUAAAAAAUGACUUUAUGUAUCGGCAUGUAUGUUCUACUUACACAAUGUCAAAGCAUGUUUUAUACCAUAACCUGUUCAGACAUGCUGAUGUUCACCUGUAUCCCACUUUUAGAGAUGUGUAUAUGUUGUCAGCAAUCAAACAUUGCUUUUCUAAGGAGAUUUAUGCAGAGAAAGAUUUACUGCUGCAUGUUUCAGAUGAUGCAGGAAGCAAAACUCUUAACUACUGCUGUAAGAUUUUACAGAGCUUUGGAUUUAUUUUUAUUUGUUUAAGAUCAUAGCAUCUAAAGGCGAUCUUACUCUUCUAAAGGUUUGGCAUCUUAGAUCUCUUUACAAAACAUGAUUCUCAAGAUGUCAUUCUAAAAAGUGUUGAAUUUAAUUGAGGGGCUUUGAAGGAUCGUCUGGAACUCAUCCAAAAUCUAAUCAGGACAAAGAAACCUUCUGAUUUAAAUUCCUUAAUACACAAUAUAAGGGUUAUUUGAAACAAUCCAUGUAUUGUAAAUGUUUAUUUGGUCACAGUGUUUGUGCCUUAUUACUGAUGAAUGUGUAAAUUAUAAUUUUUUGCCUGUAUUGAACUGUAAGUUGAUUAGAGAUGCACCAGUCAAAUAGAAUCAGCUGAUUUUCCUGUAAUCGACUCUCAUUAGUUGUGGGUUGGCCAAAUACAGAUUUCUUCUGAUCAAUAAAUGUAUCAUAACUGAGAACUUACAUGAAGCAAUAGGAUGUACUUUUUCUUCUUUUUAAUUAAAAAUCCGAUUCUAUAAAUGCAAAA